CGCUUCCGCCUGUCGGUACUGUGGAGGCUGUCCGCCGCACGUGUGUUCUUUGGGCUCGGCUGUGGUGGUGAUGGACCCUCUGGAUCGGAUUGUAAAACCCAAAACAAAAAGGGCCAAGAGAUUCCUUGAGAAGAGAGAACCGAAGCUUAAUGAAAAUGUUAAAAAUGCCAUGCUGAUUAAAGGGGGAAAUGCAAAUGCGACAGUAACACAAGUCCUUAGAGACAUGUAUGCACUGAAAAAGCCAUAUGGAGUGCUGUAUAAGAAGAAAAAUAUUACAAGACCAUUUGAGGAUCAGACAUCAUUGGAAUUCUUUUCAAAGAAAUCAGAUUGUUCGUUAUUUAUGUUUGGUUCCCAUAAUAAGAAGCGACCAAAUAAUCUAGUACUAGGUCGCAUGUAUGACUACCAUGUGCUGGAUAUGAUUGAAUUAGGUAUUGAGAAGUUUGUCUCGCUAAAAGAUAUUAAGAAUAGUAAAUGUCCUGAGGGCACAAAGCCCAUGUUGAUAUUUGCUGGUGAUGAUUUUGAUGUAACGGAGGACUAUAGAAGACUAAAAAGUCUUCUUAUUGAUUUCUUCCGAGGCCCCACGGUCCCAAACAUUCGCCUGGCUGGAUUGGAGUACGUUUUGCACUUCACCGCCCUGAACGGGAAGAUUUACUUCCGAAGCUAUAAGUUGCUCUUGAAGAAAUCUGGUUGCAGAACGCCUCGGAUUGAACUGGAAGAGAUGGGACCCUCACUGGAUAUGGUUCUGAGGAGGACACACUUGGCAUCAGAUGACCUUUAUAAAUUAUCUAUGAAAAUGCCCAAAGCUCUCAAGCCAAAGAAGAAGAAAAAUAUCUCCCAUGACACUUUUGGUACAACUUAUGGGAAGAUUCAUAUGCAGAAGCAAGAUCUAAGCAAACUACAAACCAGGAAAAUGAAGGGGUUGAAGAAGCGACCUGCAGAAAGGACAAAAGAAGACCAGGAGGAAAAAUCAAAGAGAAUUAAAAAAAAUUGAUGGAAUUUGGCUAACAGCCAUGGCCCUAUUAUAGUCUGUUUACUUGAAAGAAUUGUCAAGCUUCGUUUUGUUCAGAGUUUCUGGCAAUAUUUUAUUGUGUAUUUUUAUUACAUAAUAUCUUAUUUUAUAUUAUGGACAGUAAUGUGCUCGUCCUAAGUUGGAGCUUCCUGCUUGUGGCUUUACUCCCUGGUGAGCUGUUUUUUCUCUGUGAUAAGCUGUCUCCUGUCCUCCUGAAACUCUUCUCUCAGUGGGUGAGUGAGAGAGGUGUGAUCUUUGUAACCACUGGUCUUAUAAAGAAAAUUCUAGAUGGAGCACUAGAUAAAUACAGAAAGCCUUGAGCCUUUGAAGGCAGACAGGACCCAAAGGAGCUGUACAAAAGCUUAAGAUAAAACAUUUACUCCACCUCCCAA